AUGAACCUCGAGGAGCUUCUGAUGAUGGAGUCGAUCUGCGACCGCCACGAGAUCGUUGACCUGCGUGCUCUGGAGUAUGUCUCCAAUUAUGACGACCAUCUUAUGUGUGCGAUAUGCCACUGUCCCUUUAUUCGACCGGUUCGCUUGCAGUGCGAUCAUGUUUUCUGCCAAAAAUGCUUGAAUUCCGCCAUUACCACGUUUGCCGCUGGUCGAGAUGAUUUCACAUGUCCGAGCUGCCGCACGCCGACUCGAGAUGUCUACCUCAAUGUACCUCGACUAUUGAUCAAUAUGUGUGACGACGUACGAGUAAAGUGCCCAUUUUCGAGCGAGGGUUGCAAGGAAAUUGUACCGAGAGGUCAUGUUCAGGCUCAUGUCGAUAAAUAUUGUGGGUAUAGGCUCAUGGAUUGCCCCGGGACACUUUGCGACAAGAAGACGAGGAAGAAGGAUCUCAGUCCCGAUAAAAAAUGCAUGCAUGAGCUGCACCAGUGCUCUCGCUGCGAGGAGGAGGUGAUGGAGCAGGAUUACGAGGAGCAUGUAAAGGAAUUGUGCCCCAGCUUGAGAACAACCUGUCCCGACUGUCAAACAACAGUCUUUCGAAAAGUGUUAAGGGAUCAUAUUGAAACCUGCCCGGAGGCAAUACAUGCUUGUGCCGCAUCCAAAUAUGGAUGCCCCGUUAAAGUCAAGCGGGCCGACCUGGCGACACAUGAGCAAAUUUGUCCACUCAUCGCUAUGGGCCCUUAUUUCGAAGCUCAGAAUGCCCGGCUCGACUCCCUGGAAUUGACCAUCCGCCAUCUUCAGCAGCGAAAUGAGAUCUUUGAGGACGGAAUCGCCAAUAUUCGCUCUACCCUACUUGAUGCUUCGCAUGCCCUUCCUGGACACGCCGCAGAGACCCGAUUAAGCUCCUCGGGGCAGUCAGGGUCAUCAGGCUCUCCGCGCCUGUCGGAUAAUCAAUCACACGCUGAUCACUCUAGUGCAAUAUCUUCUAAUGCCGCCACUACGACAUAUCUACUCGCCCUGCACGAGUCUCUUCGAGAAGAAGUUGGUCAGCUUUCGCAUGCAAUUACCGAUUUAGACGCUCGAGCCAGCAUGGCGAUCAUGAAUGAGUGUCUCCGUAUAAAGGAAGACAUGGCUCACACAAAUGCUGCUGUCAGUAGUAUUCGCAUGCAGAUCCAGUGGCUGAUGAAUCCUCGUCUACACCAGGGCCAUCGAACUAUUGGUGUGCGCGGAAAUAAUGGUAGCAAUAGCAAUGAUGAGAGCAGGACUGGCCAGCUAGGGCCGUCUACGUCUGGUCCAUCCUCGGGCUUGCUCAGACCCCGGAGACCGAGCGAUAGCGGACGGGAGGGUACCAAACUUUGA